UCAUUUUAUUAUGUAUGACGUGUAUUUCUGGACAAUUAACGUAGAAAAAGCCGCAUCAAACAGCAAAAUGUCCUCAAUAACCGCAGUUAUCCCUAAAUUAUAUCAAGAAUACACUUCGAAGACGCCGAAGAAGCUAAAGAUCAUCGAUGCUUAUCUGCUGUAUGUGUUUUUGACGGCUGUGAUACAGUUUGUGUACUGUUGUCUUGUCGGCACGUUUCCAUUCAACUCUUUCUUGAGCGGCUUCAUAUCUACCGUCAGCUCGUUUGUUCUCGGAGUGUGCCUGAGACUGCAAGUAAACCCAGACAACAAGAAUGAGUUCCAAGGGCUGAGCGCAGAGCGCGGAUUUGCAGACUUCAUCUUUGCACACUUAGUUUUGCACAUUGUAGUUGUCAACUUCAUAGGAUAAUUGUAUGAGCCUUAUUAUAAUUAUUUUUUAAGUAAAUAUUCUUCAGGUCCA